AUGCGCCGUAACAGGUUUCUGCUCUCUGGCAAUCUCCAUGGUGGCUCCGUGGUGGCAAGCUAUCCCUAUGAUGACUCUCCCACACACAAACCCACAGGAGUCUACAGCAAAUCAGCUGAUGAUGAAGUGUUCAAAUACUUGGCCAAAGCUUAUGCCUCACACCAUCCCAUAAUGAGAACUGGCAAACCCAAUUGCCCUGAUGAGGAGGGAGAGACCUUCCAAGAUGGUAUCACAAACGGUGCCCAGUGGUAUGACGUAGAAGGUGGGAUGCAGGAUUACAACUAUGUGUGGGCCAACUGCUUUGAGAUCACAUUGGAGCUGUCCUGCUGCAAAUACCCUCCGACCUCUGAGCUUCAGAAGGAGUGGGAGAACAACCGAGACUCUCUCCUCACUUUCAUUGAGAAGGUCCACAUAGGUGUGAAAGGCUUUGUCAGGGAUACAGUCACCGGAGCUGGCCUGGAGAAUGCAACCAUCGUUGUGGCUGGCAUUGCUCACAACAUCACCACAGGCAAAUGGGGCGAUUACCACCGACUGCUGGUGCCUGGGACCUACAACGUGACUGCACUUGUGCUGGGUUAUGCACCAGUGACCAAAGAGAACAUAGAGGUGAAGGAGGGAGAUGCAACAGAAGUGAAUUUUUCCUUGCAGCCAACUGUAAUGCCACCAGCAGUUAACGUCACACAGCUGACGGCGGCACCUGCCCCUGUCACUACCAUCACCCCCACCUCUGUGCAGGCAGAGGUCCCAAAUCCAACCUCCCUCCAUCAACCCAUCCAGCCUGUGGACUUCCGUCACCAUCACUUCUCGGACAUGGAGAUCUUCCUGCGGCGAUACGCCAACGAGUACCCCAACAUCACCCGACUCUACUCCGUGGGCAAGUCCGUGGAGCUGCGGGAGCUCUACGUGAUGGAAAUCUCUGACAACCCUGGUGUCCAUGAAGCAGGUGAACCAGAGUUCAAGUACAUCGGUAACAUGCAUGGGAAUGAAGUUGUGGGGAGAGAGCUGCUCCUGAACCUCAUUGAGUACCUCUGCAAGAACUUUGGCACAGAUCCUGAAGUGACUGACUUGGUCCAGAGCACACGGAUCCACAUCAUGCCCUCUAUGAAUCCUGAUGGCUAUGAGAAGUCCCAGGAAGGAGACAAAGGAAGUACCGUUGGCAGAAACAACAGCAACAACUAUGACCUGAACCGCAACUUCCCAGAUCAGUUUGUGCACGUGGCAGACCCUCCACAGCCAGAAACUCUUGCUGUCAUGGCUUGGUUAGAGUCUUACCCAUUUGUGCUCUCAGCAAACCUGCAUGGAGGUUCUCUGGUGGUUAAUUACCCCUUUGAUGACGAUGAACAAGGACUAGCCAUAUACAGUAAAUCCCCAGACGAUGCUGUGUUCCAGAAGCUGGCACUGGCCUACUCCAAGGAAAAUGCAAAGAUGUAUCAAGGAAGACCUUGCAAGGAUAUGUAUCCCUCUGAGUACUUCCCACAUGGCAUCACUAAUGGCGCUCAGUGGUACAACGUUCCGGGUGGGAUGCAAGACUGGAAUUACUUGCAUACAAACUGCUUUGAAGUGACCAUUGAGUUGGGCUGCGUGAAAUACCCAAGAGCUGAGGAACUGCCAAAGUAUUGGGCACAAAAUCGCCGAUCACUGCUGCAGUUCAUGAAACAGGUUCACCGCGGCGUCUGGGGCUUCGUGCUGGAUGCUGUGGACCAAAGGGGCAUUCUCAAUGCCAUCAUCAGUGUGGCUGACAUCAACCACCCCGUGACCACCUACAAGGAUGGAGACUACUGGCGCCUCUUGGUCCCAGGAACGUACAAAAUCACGGCGUCUGCCCGAGGGUACGAUCCAGUCACUAAGACAGUGGAAGUUAGUAGCAAAGGUGGAGUGCAGGUCAACUUCACUCUUUCACGGACAGACAGCAAAGUGGAGGAGGGGAAGGUGCUGGUCUUGAACACCCCAGACCCCAGCAAGCCCAACGAGAAGGAGUUUGAGACCCUGAUCAAAGAUCUCUCUGCUGAGAAUGGGCUGGAGCGGCUCCUGCUCACCUCCUCGAGGGAUGUGACUCCGUACCGGUACCGCCCCUACAAGGACCUCUCCGAGUUCCUCCGAGGCCUCCAUCUGAACUACCCACACAUCACAAAUCUCACCAGUUUGGGUCAGAGCGUUGAGUUCCGUCAGAUCUGGUCCCUCGAAAUCUCCAACAGGCCCAACCAGUCUGAGCCUGAGGAGCCCAAGAUCCGUUUUAUUGCUGGUAUUCAUGGCAAUGCUCCCGUUGGGACAGAGCUGCUCCUGACACUGGCAGAAUUUCUUUGCAUGAACUACAAGAAGAAUGCUGCUGUCACAAAGCUGAUUGACCGAACUCGGAUUGUGAUUGUGCCUUCCCUGAACCCGGACGGGCGUGAGAUCGCACAGGAGAGAGGCUGCACCUCAAAGAUGGGACAGACUAAUGCUCAUGGCAGAGACCUGGACACAGACUUCACAAGCAAUUACACACAGUACCUGGGGACACGAGAGCCUGAGACCAAAGCCAUCAUGGACAACUUGAUCCUGAAGCAGGAUUUCAGCCUCUCUGUUGCACUGGAUGGAGGAUCUCUGCUUGUCACUUACCCAUAUGAUAAGCCAACACAGACAGUGGAGAACGAAGAAACACUGAAGCAUUUGGCAUCUCUGUAUGCAAACAACCACCCACUGAUGCAUUUGGGCCAGCCAGGCUGUCCAAAUAAGUCAGAUGAGAACAUUCCUGGUGGUGUGAUCCGUGGCUCAGAGUGGCACAGUCACUUAGGAAGUAUGAAGGAUUUCAGCAUGACAUCUGGUCAGUGCCCUGAGAUCACUGUUUAUACCAGCUGCUGCUACUUCCCGAGUGCAGGACAGCUUCCUGGCCUGUGGGCAGACCACAGGAAAUCUCUCCUCAGCAUGCUUGUGGAGGUUCACAAAGGAGUACAUGGGAUUGUCCAAGACAAGAGUGGCAAGGCAAUUUCUAAAGCUAUCAUUGUUCUGAAUGAUGGUUUGAGGGUCUCUACGAAAGAAGGUGGUUAUUUCCAUGUGCUCCUGGCUCCAGGUUUUCACAGCAUCGAUGCGAUAGCCACUGGGUAUCAGCAGAAACAUGUCAAGGUCUUUGUACGUCAUGAUGCACCCAGCUCUGUGUUCAUAGUAUUUGACACAGAAAACAGGAUAUUUGGGCUGCCAAGGGAGCUGGUUGUAACUGUUGUGCAAGUAUGUCUGCUCUGGUCCUCACUGCCUGUAUCAUCUGGUGUGUCUGCUCAAUUAAGUCCAACAGACACAAGGAUGGUUUCCACCGCCUCCGGCAGCACCACGACGACUACGAGGACGAAAUCCGCAUGAUGUCCACUGGCUCCAAGAAAUCCCUCCUGAGCAAUGAAUUCCAGGAUGAAACAGACACUGAAGAAGAAACACUAUACUCCAGCAAACACUGACACCUCCCGGGCAGGAGAGGAGGUUCCCAUGGACCAGACCCGGUUGUGGGGGGCAAUCCCUGUGGUUCAGUUUUGAAACAUCAGCUUCAGGAUGUGUCCCCCAGAGGGGGUGGGUGGCAGCUCCCAACUGCCCUCUGUUUGCUCUGCUCCUAUGUACAUGCAAAUCAGUGGGUGUUGGAGGCUCUUUCUGGGAUGAGGACAUGGUUUGUUAUAUUUUUGGGUCAAGAUCUGGAGGUUCACAUGAAAUGGUUUGAAAGACAACAGGGUGGGCAACAGAGCUCCCAGCACUUCCCCAGCAUCUCAGCACAGGGAGCAGAUGAUGGGGAAGUGCCCCAAGACCUGCAUGGAGUUGUGGUUACAACACUCCAGAAAGGUUUCUCUACCUGUUUUCACUCCAUGUUUUCCACUCCAUGCUUGGGGGAAGCCAAAUCCUUCACAUGACUCCACAUUCUGCAGAGCAGCCCAUGGAAAAAGACC